UGCACUUCACUCGCCUGCUCUCUCUGAUAGUUACUUCCCUGGCUUUGGUCAGCGCAGUACCCAUUUCUCCAUCGGAGAUCGAGACCAACAGCGCUAAAGGCCUGCGCCUGCUCGACCUUUCGGAGGAUACUGAACCGGUUUGGAAGACUGAGGACGAGGUGCUCGACCUCCUGCGAGCUGGUGUCAAAUUCGUUGACGUCACAGAAGUCUACGUCGACCAGCAGAAAUGGGCCUCGACGGCGAAGUUGGCGAAGACCAGCACUGCAAGUGCGAAACUCGCCACCUGCCCUGCUCCUUCUCACCAAACUGCGCUCAGGCCCAUUCUCCAGACUGUUUCCACCGCCAACAUGCAAACGAGUCUUACUGCCUUGACCAACUUCAACAACCGUUACUACCGAGCUACCACUGGUGCUAGUGCUAGCACAUGGAUUCGCGACAAGAUCCAGGGCGACAUUACGCAAUACAGCAGAUCGGACGUGACUGUCGCUUUUUUCACGCACAGCUAUGUGCAAUCGUCCAUCAUUGCCAAAAUCCCUGGAACGGAUCCUUCUGGCCCUAUCACCAUCGUCGGUGCCCACAUGGACUCCAUCAACUUGAACAACCCCACGAGUGGCCGUGCUCCUGGUGCUGAUGACGACGGCACGGGAACCGUCAACUUGAUCGAAGGCUUCCGUGUUCUGCUUGCUGCUGGCUUCAGGCCCACGACGCCCGUUGAAUUCCACUGGUACGCGGCGGAGGAAGUUGGUCUCCUCGGCUCUCAGGCCAUUGCGACCAACUACAAGAACGCUGGCAAGAACGUCAAGGCUUUCAUGGAGCUUGACAUGAGUGGCUAGUUCAGGCCAGGCUCCACCGAAGUUAUGGCUCUCCAGGCUGACUUCAUCGAUGAGGGCCUCAACACAUUCCUUAAAUCGCUCAUCACCGCCUACUCUAGAAUCCCCUGGGCUAUGGACACUCCUGGUGGCUACGCUUGCUCCGACCAUGCUAGUUGGUACAGGGCCGGCUACCCCUCAUCCUUCCCCUUCGAAGCCGUCACGGGCAAUGACAACCCCACCAUCCACUCUGCAUCCGAUACCACCAGUGUCAAUGGCUUCUCCUGGGCACACUCCCUCGAAUUUGCUAAGAUUGGUGUUGCAUUUGUGUACGAGUUGGCUAUCUAAA